GCGGGAGCUGCUGGGUGCUGCGGGGUGUGGGGUAUUCCAUGGUAUCCCUGGGCUUCCCAAGUGGGGAGGCGGGUGGUGGGGUGUCCCAUGCCCGUGCCUCGCAGCGUCACUUUGAACCCCGGGUUUAAAGUCCAUCCAGGAACAAAACUCGCUGACAGACAAGGGGUUUGAGCCUUGUAUCCCAUCCCUGCCCCACCCGCGGGAUAGAGGGGUCACCCGUGUGGUUCGGGUACGUGGGUCCCUGUUUUGGGGCAAGUUGGGGUUGGGGAUGGGCUGCGCAGGAGCACCCUGAGCGCUCCUCCCUCCCGGACUUUGCCUCGGCUCGGCCCCUGCGCUGUGGCACCCUGGCUCUGCCCCGCGCCCUGCGCCGGCCCCCCAGGGCUGUCACACCAACCCGCUCCCCGCAGGACCCCCUUCUGCCCGCCAUUCCCCUCCGGCCCCGGCGAAGCCCUGGUGAGCGAUGGAGGGAGAGCCCACCCUGCAGCUCCGCGUCUUUGACCUCAACUGCUGGGCCAUCCGCUACCUGAGCAAGCGGCGGCAGGAGCGCGUCCAGCUCAUCGGGGACACGCUGCGCCGGGAGUGCUUUGACCUGGUGCUUCUGCAGGAGGUGUGGAGCGAGCAGGACUACAGUGACCUGAAGGUGAAGCUGGGAGGCUGCUACCCCUUCUCCCAUUAUUUCCGCAGCGGGGUGAUCGGCAGCGGCCUCUGUGUCUUCUCCCGGUUCCCCAUCCUGGACACCCUCCUCUACCAGUACUCGCUGAACGGGUACCCCUACAUGCUCCAGCACGGGGACUGGUUCUGCGGCAAGUCCGUCGGCCUUGUCAUCAUUAAGAUCUCGGGGAUCGUCUUCAACGUCUACGUCACCCACCUGCAUGCCGAGUACUGCCGGGAGAAGGACGCCUACCUGCCCCACCGCCUGGUGCAGGCCUGGGAGCUGGCGCAGUUCAUCCGACACACCUCGAAAGCAGCCGACGUGGUGGUGCUGGGGGGGGACCUGAACAUGCACCCCGAAGACGUGGGCAUCCGGCUGCUGCGCGGCUGGACGGGGCUGCGGGACGCCUUCGCCGAGGCCACGCGCUUUGAGGGCUGCGAGGACGGCUGCACCCUCGUCCCCAACAACUGCUUCACCGUCAAUUCAGAGCUGCUGCCCUUCCCGCUGGGCAUCCGCAUCGACUACAUCCUCUACAAGGCCGUCUCCAGCUUCACGGUGAAGUGCGAAGAGCUGAAGACCACCACGGGGACAGCCCCGGGCACGGACAUCCCCUUCUCGGACCACGAAGCCGUGAUGGCGACGCUGCACAUCCGGCGGCAGGGACAGGCUGCGGGUGACACCCUCGCCACAGCUGAGCCGACGCUGGCCGACGUGGUGACGGAGGCGCGGACGGAGGUGGGCGUAGGGCUGCGGGCAGCGCGGCGGCAGCGUUACUCCGCGGGCAGGAUGGCCGUGCUGGCCCUGCUGCUGCUGCUGCUGCAGGCGGCGGCCGUGCUGGGCGCGCUGGCGGGGCUGGCGGCCGAGCAGCCCUUCCCCAAGCUCUCCUUCUCCCUGCUGGCCUUCUUCGCCCUCGGCAUCCUCCUCCUCGCCACCGGCCUCCACCUCUUCCACACCAUGGAGGUGAAGAUGCUGCAGGGCACGGAGGAGCAGAUGCGGAUGGCCCUGCGGGCGCUGCAGGAGCGUCCCAGCGACGGCUGAGCUGAGGCCGUGGGUGUCCCACGUUGGCAUCCACGUUGUCCCCGUUGUCGUCCCCCCCCCUGCCCCAGCCCCAUCCUUCAUCCUUUCAGUCCCUUUUUCUAGUCGACUUCUAG